AUGAUGCGCUCAGCUGUCAAGAGUCUGUCUAACCCCCUAAGGUCCACGUCGGUCUUCCCCAGGACAUUUGCAACCUCCGCCAUCUCCUCCACUCCUACCUCUGCUUUCUCAGCUAAGAAGGGAUCAAAUGGCAACUACACCGUCACGAUGAUUCCAGGAGACGGUAUCGGUCCUGAGAUCGCCGAAUCUGUCAAAUCCAUUUUCAAAGCUGCAAAGGCACCGAUAGACUGGGAGGAAGUCGACGUCACUCCGGUCCUCGUCAACGGCAAGACUGCGAUCCCUCAAGAUGCCAUUGACUCGAUCAAGAAGAACACUGUCGCUUUGAAAGGACCACUCGCUACCCCCAUUGGAAAAGGACACGUUUCUCUCAACUUGACGCUCAGGAGGACUUUUAGCCUGUUUGCGAAUGUCAGACCAUGUGUCUCCAUAAAGGGAUACAAGACGGCCUAUGACAACGUCAACACGGUUCUGAUCCGAGAGAACACUGAGGGAGAAUACUCUGGUAUCGAGCACGAGAUCGUCGACGGUGUCGUCCAAUCUAUCAAACUCAUCACCUACGAGGCCUCUGAACGAGUAGCUCGAUAUGCUUUCCACUACGCUCAGGAGAACGGACGUGGCGAAGUCACAGCGGUGCACAAGGCACCCAUCAUGAAAAUGUCCGACGGCAUGUUCUUGACCGCCUGCCGAGCCGUCGCCAAGGAAUACCCCAAAGUCAAGUACACUGAAGAUCUCUUGGACCGAGUAUGUUUGCGAAUCGCCACGGACCCAUCACCAUUCGCCGAACGGGUCAUGGUCAUGCCCAACUUGUACGGUGACAUUCUGUCCGACUUAUCUGCAGGAUUGAUCGGAGGUCUCGGUCUUACGCCCUCUGGAAACAUUGGAAAAGAUGCUAGUAUCUUUGAAGCUGUUCAUGGAUCUGCGCCAGACAUUGCUGGUAAAGGAUUGGCCAACCCUACAGCCCUCCUUCUCAGUAGUUUGAUGAUGCUGCGUCACAUGAACCUCCACUCUCACGCCGACACGAUUGAAAAGGCUGCAUUGAGCACCAUUGCGGAGGGCAAACACAUUACGAGAGAUUUGGGUGGAAAGGCCGGAACGAAAGAGUACACUGAUGCUAUCCUUGCGAGGAUCUAG